AUGGCCUUAGCUCUAGUAGGAGAUGCACUUAUCUCUGCCUCUGUGAAUAUCUUAUUAGAUAGGAUAACCUCCACUGAGUUUCGAGAUUUCUUUGCCAACAGAAAGUUGAAUAUUUCUCUCUUGGAUGAGUUGAAGAUAAAGUUGCUGGCACUUAAUGUUGUCCUUAAUGAUGCAGAGGAGAAGCAGAUCACUAAUCUUGCAGUAAAAGAAUGGCUUGAUGAGCUCAAAGAUGCUGUCUUGGAUGCUGAGGAUUUAUUGGAUGAAAUCAACACUGAAUCUUUGAGAUGCAAGGUGGAAGGUGAUUCUCAAAACUUUACUUCCCAGGUCAGAUCAUUCCUUUCUUCUCCCUUUAAUCAAUUCUAUAGGAGCAUGAAUUCCAAUAAAGGCUAUCUAUGCUCUAUCUCUAGCCAAUGUGGGACUUCUAACAAAGCAAUAUCUGGAAGGCUACAACAUUUUGUGAAUCAUAUAGCUAUUCUUAAUUUGCAAAAUGUCACUAGGAGAGUCUCUUCUGGAAGGAAAACAGAUUCAUUCGUUGAACCGGUUGUGGUUGCAAGAGAGGGUGACAAAGAGAAGCUGUUGAGUAUGCUUCUAUCAGAUGAUGAUGCAAAGUCUAAAAAUAUAGGAGUGGUCUCAAUAUUAGGGAUGGGAGGGUUAGGCAAAACAACCCUUGCUCAACUCCUUUACAAUGAUCCUAAAGUCCAAAAACAUUUUGAUUUGAAAGCUUGGGCAUGGGUAUCUAAUGAUUUUGAUGUUUUCAGGGUAUCUAAGAACCUUGUUGAAUCUAUUACUGGAAAAGUAAGUGAUAGUACAAAUCUAGAUGUUCUUCGUGUUGAAUUAAGGAACAACUUAAAAGAUAAAAAAUUCUUGCUUGUGUUGGAUGACCUGUGGAAUGAGAAGUAUAAUGAUUGGCAUAACCUCAUAACUCCUUUUAGCUGUGGGAAAAAAGGGAGAACUCGACAACCAAGAGUUGCACAGAUCACACGUACCUUUUCCAUUUGUGAGUUGGAAACACUUGCAUUGGAAAAUUGUUGGUGCAUACUUGCCAAACAUGCAUUUGUCCAUGAUGGUUGUGACAAAUAUCCAAUCCUAGAAGAAAUUGGAAGGAAAAUAGCACGAAAAUGUGGCGGCCUACCAUUAGCUGCUAAAACAUUAGGAGGUCUUCUGCGAUCAAAUGUUGAUCCGGAGGAAUGGAACAGAAUUCUAAACAGCAAUUUAUGGGCACAUGCUGAUGUUUUACCAGCUUUGCACAUAAGUUAUCUUCAUCUUCCAGCACAUCUGAAAAGAUGUUUUGCCUAUUGCUCAAUCUUUCCGAAACAACAUUUGUUAGAUAGGAAGGAAAUGAUUUUGUUAUGGAUGGCUGAAGGCUUUCUACAACAAUCUCAUGCUGGGAAAGCAAUGGAACUAGCAGGUGAGGACUGCUUUAAUGAGUUGUUAUCCAGAUCCUUAAUUCAAAAAGAAUUUUUUGCUGCAGAGGAAAAGUUUCGUAUGCAUGACCUCAUUUACGAUUUAGCUCGACUUGUGUCUGGAAAAAGUUCUUGCUAUGUUGAAGGCAUUGAAAUCCCACCAAAUGUUCGUCAUUUGACAUUUCUCUGUGAAGGGUAUGAUGCCUCUAAAAAAUUUGAGGGCUUUUACGAGCUGAAGUGUUUGCGGACAUUUCUACCACAAAAUCCAUAUAAACAACAAGGCUACAUAACCAAAAAGGUGUCGCAUGAUUUAUUGCCAAAACUAAGUUGUUUGCGAGCAUUGUCCUUGUCUCAUUACAUAAAUAUCUCUGAGCUGACCGAUUCAAUUAGCAAUGCGGUGUGUUUACGGUAUCUAAACCUUUCCAAUACUUCCAUCAAAUGUUUUCCUAAUUCAAUCUUCAAGCUUUACAAUUUGCAGACUCUGAUAUUAUCAAACUGUAAAUUUCGUACUCAUCUGCCAGGGAAGAUAGGAAAUCUAGUAAGUUUACGUCACCUUGAUGUCAGCAACACUAAAUUGGUGGAGAUGCCAGCACAAAUAUGCAGAUUGCAAGAGCUCCGCACUUUGACUGUUUUUGUUAUUGGCAGACAAGUAGAUGGAUUAAGUAUUGCAGAGUUAUCAAACUUUCCUUAUUUGCACGGUAAGUUGUCUAUUCAAAAGCUGCAAAAUGUUGUUGAUCCCCUGGAUGCAUUUCAGGCCAAUUUAAUGAACAAAGGGCAGAUUGAGGAACUUACACUUCAAAGGAACUUUGCAUCAGACACUAUGGUGGCACUAGCUUUACAAAUUGGGUGGGAGAUUCUUCAUUUUCAAAUAUUGUAGUGUUGAGAAUCAUUAACUGCAACUAUUGUGUAUCACUCCCACCAUUUGGACAACUACCUUCUCUUAAGAAGCUCUGCAUUGUAAAGAUGGGAAUGGUGAAGACAAUAGGUCAGGAGUUCUACAGCAGCAAUGGAAGCUUCUCUCCAAUAUUUCAGCCAUUUCCUUCAUUGGAGAGUUUGGAAUUUGUAGACAUGCCAGAGUGGCAGGAAUGGCUACAAUAUGAGGAUUUGUCAGACAGUGGUGACAAUUUUGCUUUUCCUUGUCUUAAGCGUAUGCGUUUAUUCAACUGCGCUUUGCUUUUCCUUGUCUUAAGCGUAUGCGUUUAUUCAACUGCGCUAAGCUGCGAGGAAGCUUGCCCAAAUGUCUACCUUCAUUGAGAUAUGUCAAUAUCACAGAGUGCGAGCAGUUGGAGGAAGAAAAAUCAACUUAUCUGCAAUGGAAGACAACAAUUGAAGAGUUAAUUGUUAAAAAGCGUGACAAGUUGUCACCUUCUUUGUGUGGAAUGAUAGUUGGCGCCAAUUGUCUUCAACUCCUGACCCUUUCCAAUAUCUCAUCUAAUAUUUCCUUCCUAGAUGAUGGUUUGCCAACUUCAUUACGCUCAUUUACAAUUAUAAACUGUGUGAAGCUACAAUUUCUAUCUCUUGAAACACUACACAAAUAAACAUCACUUCAAGCUCUGACCAUCACAAACAGUUGUCAUUCCAUGUCGUCCUUUCCAUUUGGUUGUUUCCCUGCCCUUCAACGUCUUAAGAUCCAACACUGUCCCACCUUGGAAGCAAUUUCUACUCAACCAGGAGGUGCCGCUCCUAACUUAUACUUUUGUAGUAUCACUUCUUGUGGGAAACUUAAGUCACUACCAGAACAAAUUGAUCUACCUGCCCUUAAAAAUUUGAUCCUUAAUGAGCUUGGGGAGGCAGGGGAGCUAGCUUCAUUUCCCCCUAUCUAUUUGUCUUCCAAAAUAAAAAGCCUUUCGGUUGACUCUGUGGUCCUAUCUUGAUAUUCAAACUUGAGUCAGGUUUCCCAUUCCAACGGCUCACUUCCCUAUCAUUUCUAUUGCUAUAUGGUUUUGGGGAUGAAGAACUUGUGAACACCCUGCCCAAGAAGCCUUCACUGCCCACUUCUCUUGAGCAUUUGACACUACAAAUGUUUCGUGGUUUAAGGUUCUUGGAAGGAGGACAAGGGCUUCAAUAUCUCACUUCUCUUAAAAGGCUUGUCAUCACCAACUGUCCAAUGCUUGAGUCAUUGUCUGAAGAUCAGCUGCCAUCCUCUCUUGAAUUGUUGAUUAUUAAGAAAUGUCCUUUACUAGAAGCGAGGUAUCAAAGUCAGAAGGGGAAACACUGGUCUAAGAUUGCUCGAAUUCCAGCCAUACAUAUCAAUGAAGAAGUUAUCAUUUAAUGAAGACGAAUCAUCCUAAGGUACGGACUUCAAUUAUUUUGAGCAGCUAUAUAUAAUGUUUUACAAAUCAACAAAGUCCUGCUUUUAUCCUUUUUCGCAUGCUGUGAAGAUUUCACUAUUAUUUGUGCUUCUACAAUAGAUGUUGUUAAAUAAUUCAAGUCAUUAUUUUCACUGUCAUUGAUUUCAAUACCUCUUAUUUCAAACUAAUGUAAAUCUUAAUCAAUCAGAUGUUAAUCUACUUCACCUGGCUGAAUAUAAAUUUUUAAUUCAAUUCUCAUUUAAGUUAACUGUAUUUACUAUUUAGUGUUAAGUAACAGCUAAAAAUAUGUAAUUCAUGGUUCAAUCUUUCUCUCUUAUGAUAUCCUUUCCUGUGGAGUUCUGAACAUUUAAAUGGGAAACAAGAAAAUGGCAAAUUAUUUCAUCCGUAAUUAAAAUGCAUUUUCAUUUUUUUCUUUUUGACCAUAAUUUAAGUUGGAGUAUUCCAUAUACAAAUAUCAAAUCCUAGAAGAAAUUGGAAGGAAAAUAGCACGAAAAUGUGGCGGCCUACCAUUAGCU